AAGUUAAUAUAUUUUUUUUCGUUUCAAGAUCAAGUCGGUAAAAAAGUUAAGUUAUUCUACUUACACGGUGUUUACCGCCUUUCAGUUUUCACUGUGGUUGACUUUUAGUUAUUAUUUUUUAAGAACUAAGUCUUUUCAAUUCGUUAAAGUAGUUAUUAUCGCCUAGCAUUAUUAUUAAUUUAAUUGAUUGAUUGAAAAAAAAGAAAAAAAAAUCCCCAAGUAUUGCAAGUACAUAAAAAAUGGCAUUAAGGGUGACUGUUGCCCGAUUAAACAUUAAGACAGUAUGCACCGGAUCGUAUUUGCAUCGGAUCAACAGUUCAUUCAUCCGGAUGAAACAUUUCAACAGCGAAUCACCAAUCACUAAACACACCAAACAACGUAUGAGUACAAAACGUGUAAUAGUAAAUGGAGUUAUAAUCGGAGUUGCUGCUGGAGUUGUGUAUUCUUAUUUCUCGGGUUUCGAGCGAAAGUUGCCUGGUUCUAUAGUAAAUACUUCAGUACAAAUAUCAGUAUUAAAACAGUUACCUUCUGAUUUGAAAAUCUCUCGUAAAGUUGGUCAUGAUGACGAUGAAAUUGCUGAUCUUAUCUUAUUUCAAUAUCCAACUUGUCCAUUCUGCUGCAAAGUACGAGCAUUUUUAAAUUACAUGAAGGUGCCCUAUGAUAUAGUUGAAGUAGAUCCUAUGCUAAAACAGCAAAUUAAUUGGUCAAGUUACAAGAAAGUUCCGAUUUUAUUGGUAAAAACAAUUAAUGGAUACCAGCCACUUACUGACAGCACGAUGAUUGUGUCUGCAUUGGCUACCUAUUUUAAAGAUAAAACUGUUAAUAUUGAAGAGAUUGCAAAUUUUUAUCCACCAGUGUCAUUCGUUGAUGUGGACGGAAAAAGAAAAACAGAUAUAAUGAACAAAUAUUUUGUCAUGGACCAAGAUGAAUCAAAUAAAACUAAACAAUUAAAAUACGAUAAUGAAAGACAAUGGAGGCAAUGGUCAGACGAUGUAUUAGUUCAUGCACUUUCCCCGAAUGCUUACCGUUCUCUGUCCGAAGCUAUAGAUUCAUUUCAAUGGUUUUCAGUAGCAGGAGAGUGGGAGAAAAAUUUCCCUUUUUGGGAAACAGUUCUUAUGAUUUAUGGAGGUGCUUUCAUGAUGUGGUUAAUUAGUAAAAAAUUGAAGAAAAAGUAUAUGUUGAAUGAUGAUGUUCGUCAAACACUUUAUGAUGAAUGUGAUAUGUGGGUGAAAGCUGUGGAAGAAAAUGGUGGAAAAUUUUUGGGUGGUAGUAACCCUAACUUGGCUGAUUUAUCAGUAUAUGGUAUUCUUUCAAGCAUCGAAGGUUGUGUGGCAUUCAAGGAUGUUCUAGCAAAUACUAAAAUUAAUAAUUGGUUCAGUAAUAUGAAAACAGUUGUAUAAUGUUACUAUUUUUUUUGGAAAUAUUAAUUCAAUCAUGUAUUAAAUGAUGUAAUGAAUCAAAUUGAUUGUAUUUCACAAA